AUGCAUGUUACGGAAGAGGACGAUCAUGUGCGAGUUGACGUACUGGACAGGGUGAGCGGUCAAAUGUUGUGUUAUCGUGCUCAAUAUGUUGUGGGUGCCGAUGGUGGAAAGACUGUCGGACCAAAAUUGGGUAUCGAACUUGACGGCGUCAGGAACCUCAGGAAGAUUAUAUCCGUACAUUUUAAGGCGGAUCUCUCGCAAUACUGGGAUGAUCGCGUUGGAAUCGCCCACUUUGCGAAUCCCGAGCUUGGCCUUGGAAUGAAAAGUGGAUCCAUGCUUCCCUUAGGUCCGACCUGGGGGAGGCAUUCUGAGGAAUGGCAAAUGCACUUUGCGAUCGAUGCGGAUAAACCAUCACCCCCUCGCGAAGACGCUGUGCGAAGAGUGCGCGAGCUGUUGAAAUUGCCGGACUUCAACAUGGAGAUAUUGAGUUUCAGUAGCUGGACCCUCGAACGUGUCUUAGCAAAUGAAUAUCGAAAGGGACGCGUCUUCAUCGGAGGGGAUGCGGCCCAUCGACACCCGCCGACAACCGGGUUAGGUCUGAAUACUGCGGUGCAAGACGCGCACAAUCUGGCGUGGAAAUUAUCUUAUGCUCUCAAGAACAAGGCACAGCUAAACCUUCUCGAUACAUACGAGGUUGAAAGAAGGGCUAUUGGAAAGAGAAACUGCGAUUGGGCGCUUUUCACAUCGAAAUGCCACCUCAUCAUCGGCGCCGCAAUAGGCUUACAGAACGGGCAACCGGACGCCAACAAGGAGCACUUGACCAGACUCUUUGAUGCUCAGUCAGAGACGGGAAGGGCCGGUCUUGCUCAACUCCAACAUGUCAUCGAUGGCCAAGCUAUUGAGUUCCACGCCCAUAACCUCGACCUUGGAUUCUGUUAA